UUACGUCACGGGUUAAAUGUUACACCAGAAGUGACCGUGAAAUAAACAGAAACAAGCAUGGAUGGCGGACAGAAGCGAAGUAGUCGUUCUCCAAAAUCUGGCAAAAAAGUUUCCUUCGCGGAGGAAAAGGCAGUGAAAGCGCAGGCAGCAUUGGAAGCAGCUAAAAGGAGGGAAGUCGUGAAAGAAACUGUAAGGCAGAAGUUUGAGUUUGAGCAGAGGGCUCUGUGCAUCGUGGAGCGUCUCUUGGAGGAUGAAGUGUCAGAAGACUUCCUCAUCGACUGUGCCAGGUUUAUUACUCCGUCCAACUACCGCGAUACAGUUGAGGAGAGAAACAUUGCGAGAAUGUGUGGUUAUCCGGUUUGUACCAACAAACUUGGGAGUGUGCCCAAGCAACAGUUUAAAAUUUCAACUAAGACUAAUAAGGUGUAUGAUAUCACAGAGCGAAAGUGCUUCUGCAGUAACUUCUGCUUCAAGGCCUCAAAGCACUUUGAGGUGCAGAUCUCCAAGACACCACUCUGGCUGCGUGAGAAGGAAAGGCUGCCCGAUGUCAAGCUGUUAAAGAAAGGAGAGAGUGGCAGCUCGGGAGAGGAGGUGAAAAUCUCAGACCGGCCAAUCAGGGAGUCGGAGAUCGAGAACCCAGAGCCUGCUGAGUCUGCUCACCCCGUGGGCCGCACUGCCAGCGGGAGUGAAAGCCAGGACAGCGACCAGGAGCAGGACUUUGUGUCCAGUGUGGUCACCGGAGGAGGAGCAGGGCCUAAGGGCAGGACAGGGAUCCUGAAACACGGCGGGGAGAGGGAGAGGAACGCUGCUACCGCACACACGAACGAGCAGAAGGACAAAGACACGGCGCAAGAGCACACUGCAGAGACGGCCAGGAACGAGGACGGCGACAAACCGCCAGAGAGGGAUGAGCACAAGGACCGGAGCAAACCGCAGCAGCCCAAUACAGAGGUGGAUGAAGAAUGCAACCGCACACGUACGGUAACGGACAAACCCAAUCAGACUGUGGAGGCUACCACAGACCUACUGAGCGUGUGCAGAGUAGAGGAGACGGACACGCGUGUAGAUGAUGGCGUCGAGCAGCCUGCCGCUGACUGCACCCCCGUCCCGGGUAUGGACAUCACCCAGGUGGGCAUGAGCAGGAGGGCGGCCGCGGAGCUGAGGAAGCUGCUGAAGGACCCGGCCGACGCAGUCAGGGCUGGCCUGCUAGAACGCCUGAGCAAAACUCUGAGGGAGUGGAGGACUGAGGAGACGAUGCGGCUCCUGCAUGGGCCCUCGUACAGGCCCCGGGAGGAGGGGGAGGAGGAGAAGGAGGAGGAGGAGGAGGAGCUGGAUGAGGAUGACCUGGAGGACAGCGUGGAAGCUCCAGCCUCCCAGGGACUGUCCGGAGGGGGCCAGGGGAAGCCCUCGGCCACCGCCCCAGACUACGACACCCUACACAGGGAGACGGAACGGCUCAACCUGAGGGUUCAGGAGUUCUACAGAGGAUCCCCGGUGCUACCGGAGGAGAACGGAGAACCGGAGGACACUAGUGGCUGGGAUCCUGCGCUCCCAUUGGUGGAUUCUCACGCCCAGCACUUGAUCCAGAAGCGCAUUGUUUCAGAGAAGCUCAACAGAAGCUUAAGAGACAUUGUGGGACCCCUGCAACUGACCAUGAACAACAUUACCACGGACAUCAAUAAUCUGAUCAGGACGUUUAGGUUUACGAAUGCUAAUAUUAUCCACAAAAGCCCAGAGUGGACUCUGAUUGCUGUGGUUCUGCUGUCAGUGUUGUCAGACGUAAUCGUGCUAUUGCAGGAGUCACUGGAGAAGCCCUCCGCCAUGCAGUAUAUUUCCACACUCAUGGCAGAACUGAGGCUAACGGAUAGCGACCUCCACAGUCUAGUGCAGCUCUUCAGAGUUCGAGCUAAGUGAGAAGAGAACCCUGCACGACCCUCCGUUGCCGUUCAAUCAAUGUCACCAACCGCAACUGGAUCAGACGGGUUAUGCACUGUGAUGAACGUUGCUUCCUCUGCCAAAUUCAACAUUACCCCUAUCAAAGCUGUCUUUCAAUAAAAAUUGUAUGAACUAGAAA